AUGGAGUCGUAUCCGGCAGAUGAUGCCUCGGUGAUCGCAGACCAAGACGACAAUCAUAUGAGCAGUUUGGGCCACGCUCGACCACGUCGUCAUGACGAUGAUGACGAGGGCUCCGAUAUUCUGGAGGAUGAUGACAUGGAGAGUACCGUCGGCGGGGCAGUCUCUCGUCACCACAAGGGGCAUGGACAUGGCGAAGAAGAGAAAGAGCUUCCUGCCCAUGCUUGCGCAUACUGCGGAAUCCAUAAUCCGAGCAGCGUCGUGAAGUGCCUUUCAUGUAACAAGUGGUUCUGCAGCGCUCGGGGUAACACCUCUUCGUCGCAUAUUGUCAACCAUCUUGUGCGUGCUCGGCAUAAGGAAGUACAGCUGCAUCCAGCUUCCUCGCUUGGCGAUACCAUUCUCGAAUGCUACAAUUGCGGGACGAAGAACGUCUUUCUUCUUGGGUUUAUUCCGGCCAAGUCUGACACUGUUGUGGUUCUCCUCUGUAGACAACCGUGCGCCGCCAUGCCGUCUUCCAAGGAUAUGAACUGGGACACUUCUAGAUGGCAGCCGCUUAUUGAGGAUCGUUCGUUCCUCCCAUGGCUUGUGUCUACUCCCACCGAUCAGGAGCAACUUCGUGCUCGCCACCUAAGUCCCCAGUUGAUCGCGAAGCUGGAGGAGAUGUGGAAGGAAAAUUCACAGGCUACACUAGAGGAUCUGGAAAAGGCUACCGCAGUCGACGAUGAACCAGCACCUGUCCUGCUUCGUUACGAUGACGCUUACCAGUACCAAAACAUUUUUGGACCCCUUGUGAAGAUCGAGGCCGACUAUGACCGAAAGUUGAAGGAGUCACAAUCUCAAGAUGGUUUGAUUGUUCGCUGGGAUUUGGGUCUAAACAACAAGCACCUCGCGAGUUUCGUUCUCCCCAAGCUUGAGCUGGGUGAUGUCAAACUUGCCGUGGGCGAUGAGAUGCGCCUCAAAUACACUGGGGAAUUGCGAUCUAAGUGGGAGGGGGUUGGCUACGUCAUGAAGAUUCCUAACAAUCAGUCUGACGAAGUCACCAUUGAGUUGCGGUCGAAGGGCGAUCACAAGUCCGUGCCGACAGAGUGCACUCAUAAUUUCACCGCCGAUUACGUUUGGAAAUCAACUUCGUUUGACCGCAUGCAGCUCGCCAUGAAAACCUUCGCUGUCGACGAGAUGAGUGUCUCAGGUUACAUCUUCCAUCGUCUCCUUGGUCACGAAGUUGCCGCUGCACCUAUGAAGACUCAGAUCCCAAAGAAAUUCAGUGUCCCUGGAUUGCCUGAUCUGAACGGUAGCCAGAUUAACGCCGUGAAGAGCGUUUUGCAACGGCCUCUAAGUCUGAUUCAGGGCCCCCCGGGAACUGGUAAGACUGUCACUUCGGCUACGAUUAUCUACCAUCUUGCGAAGAUCAAUGGCGGUCAAGUUCUGGUCUGUGCCCCUUCCAACGUUGCUGUCGACCAGCUCUGUGAACGUAUCCACCGCACCGGCCUGAAGACUGUGCGUGUGACUGCCAAAUCUCGUGAAGAUGUUGAAUCGCCGGUCGCCUUUCUUUCCUUGCACGAGCAAGUUCGCAUGAACGAUAGCAAUAUUGAACUGGUGAAACUCAAUCAGCUCAAGGCAGAGCUUGGUGAGCUUUCAAGCCAGGACGAGAAGCGUCUAAAGCAACUUACCCGGGCCGCUGAACGAGAGGUCUUGACGAACGCCGAUGUAAUCUGCUGUACUUGCGUUGGUGCCGGCGAUCCUCGAUUGGCUAAGUUCAAGUUCCGUACUGUUUUGAUUGAUGAAUCUACUCAAUCAGCUGAGCCAGAAUGCAUGAUUCCCUUGGUUCUUGGCUGCAAGCAGGUUGUCUUGGUCGGUGAUCACCAGCAGCUGGGCCCGGUCAUCAUGAACAAGAAAGCUGCCAAGGCUGGUCUUAACCAAUCUCUCUUUGAGCGUUUGGUCAUCCUAGGAUGCUCCCCCAUCCGCUUGAAUGUUCAGUACCGUAUGCACCCAUGCUUGUCUGAUUUCCCGUCCAACAUGUUCUAUGAGGGCUCGCUACAGAACGGUAUCACUAUUCACGAUCGACUCCGCCGUGAUGUUGACUUCCCUUGGCCUAUGAUGGACAAUCCAAUGAUGUUCUGGUCGAACCUCGGCAAUGAAGAAAUUUCGGCUUCGGGAACUUCGUAUCUUAACCGCACGGAGGCAACGAAUGUCGAGAAGAUUGUCACUCGAUUCUUCAAAGCAGGUGUACAACCGGGCGGUAUUGGCAUCAUCACGCCCUAUGAGGGACAGCGAAGCUACAUUGUGAGCUCGAUGCAAGCAACCGGCACUUUCAAAAAGGAGCAUUACAAAGAAAUUGAAGUAGCAUCCGUCGAUGCAUUUCAGGGACGUGAAAAGGAUUACAUCAUCCUGUCCUGCGUUCGAUCCAACGACCACCAAGGCAUUGGUUUCCUAAGUGACCCUCGUCGUCUCAACGUCGCUCUCACACGUGCUCGAUUUGGCUUGGUGAUCCUCGGAAAUCCCAAGGUCCUGUCAAAGCACCCCCUUUGGAACUGUCUUCUGCAACACUUUAAAGAGAGUCAUUGUCUAGUCGAGGGGCCUUUGUCGAAUCUCCAGGAGUCAUUGAUUCAGUUCAGCCGACCCAAGCAGGCUUACCGUGGUCCUCAGCGCUUCCACAUGUCGUCCGGCUUCAACCAAGGAGCCGCAGCAGCCGUUACCGGCUCUGUCAAUGGUCGCAAUGGUCAAAGGAAUGAAUACCAGGACACUGGUUCUGUUGUUGGCUACAUCCCCGAUGAUGUUUCCUCGGUUCAUUCCUCUGCUAUUGGCGGGGUGGGCCUACCCUCCGGAUAUCCGCCGAUGUUCCAGAACUUCGCCGACCAAUGGCCGUCUCUUUCCGGUGUUCGCCGUGCUAACGGCGGCCGCGUCAAAGGUGCGCCUAGCGUUGCAGGAGAAUCAGUCGCUGCGACCGAGUCCGACAUUACCGGAAGCGUUAUCGAUGGGCGUGGUGGCGUCGAUCAAGGCGGUGUCAGCCUUGCUGGGUUGAGUAUCAAUGACAUGAGCAAGCAGGCGAGCCUCAGCCAGUCCGACCGCCUCAAGCGCUACGUUGAGUCGGGAGGUCGUGAGCCUUACAGAGGUGUUGUCCCUGACAACGGUAGCAUCUUUGGGGGUAGUUCUGCCAGCAUUCGUGUGACGCGCGGCGCCCCUGGUCACAACGUCACGGAUGACGAUGAUGCAAGAAGCGUGUCAACCGCCUUUGCCAGCCAAGUUGGCGGGAACUACGACUGA